GCCUCGUCAGUACAAAAUUCUAGCAGUAUCAGUGCAUGGCAGACAGUAUUCCAAAGCCUUUUCCGUUGGAACCCAAUAUCCAAGAAAUCUAAUAUCCAAGAAAACUUGUCUUUGGCCAACGUUCUAUUUUUGGCUCCGGAGCAACACAGAGAUGCAAAGAUGACAGUAUUUGGCCAGGAGCUUCUUGAUGAAGUGAUGUCGCAUCAGACAAAAGUGCUGCUUGACAAGGUGUCUUCCCCUUGCUCAGAAUUUGCCCCAGCCGACUUUAUGAACAUUGUUGACGUUGUUUCUGCAAUUGAUGCAAAAUCUAUGAGUCCCAAGCAAGCAAAACUCCAACUUUUGACACUGGCCUCUACAAUGAAUGAUUUACGGGCAAAUGUAAUAGAAGGCAUUGCUGAUAUGAUUGUCAAUAUGCCACAAAACCCUUGUUAUGAUUGUAGUCGUAUUUACAACUAAGUUAAUAGAAACAAACUAUUGUUUAUUUAAAUAAUAAAG